CCGGCUAAGAAGGGGUGGGACCACCGCCGUACACGAGGACUGGGUGAGGAGAGCGGUGAGCAUUGUCCCCUCUCUCUCUCUCUCUCUGCCCCGCCCCGCCCCUUCCUAAAACGAUGAACGGCAAAUCCUAAUUCCCCACCAAUUAAUUAAUUUAAAAUUAAUUAAUAUUAGUUGGGAAGAAGAGAGUAGAGAAUCGGGAGAAAGCGGCAAGCCCGCCCCUAAUUAAUACGAUAAAGAAGUCCGACGUAGGGUGAGGGGCACGUGUCCCUCGGCAGCAUGGCACAGUGACACGAGUCCAAGUCUCCCAGACGGCGCCCUCCAUUUCUCCUUCAAAAUUCAGCCCCUUCUCUCUCUUUCAAACCCUAACCCCCUCCCCCUUGGCCGCAAUUUGAAUUUUCCUCAGCAAUUUCGGAAUCACAAUGGCAAUCAGAUUCAUCAUCUUCUUCUUAUUUGUGCUACUGAUUUCUGUUCUAAAUGUCAAUAUGUGUUGGGGAAGGGAAUGGGGCCCAGAGAUCCUGAUGCCCACGGAGGAGGCCGAUAUCACCGGAACAAGGUGGGCUGUUCUUGUUGCGGGCUCUAACGGCUACGGUAACUAUCGCCACCAGGCGGAUGUAUGUCACGCAUACCAGGUGUUGAGGAAGGGAGGGCUGAAAGAGGAAAACAUCGUGGUGUUCAUGUAUGAUGACGUGGCUGACAACCCUCUCAAUCCCAGGCCGGGCGUUAUCAUCAAUCACCCCAGCGGCCAAGAUGUGUACAAGGGAGUCCCUAAAGACUAUACGGGUGCGCAAGUGACGGCGAAGAACCUGUAUGCAGUCCUUCUGGGUAACAAGACAGCAGUCGAAGGAGGUGGGAGUGGGAAGGUGGUGGAUAGCAAACCCAAUGAUCACAUCUUUGUUUACUACUCUGAUCAUGGCGGCCCCGGUGUUCUUGGAAUGCCCAACCCGCCGUUCCUCUACGCGGCUGAAUUUAUCGAGGUUUUGAAGAAGAAGCAUGCUGCAAAGAGCUAUAAAGAGAUGGUUGUGUAUGUGGAAGCAUGUGAGAGCGGGAGUAUAUUUGAGGGAAUAAUGCCGGAAGACCUGGAUAUAUAUGUGACUACAGCCUCAAAUGCGGAGGAGAGCAGCUGGGGAACUUACUGUCCGGGAAUGGAUCCCCCUCCACCUCCUGAAUACAUUACUUGUCUCGGUGAUUUGUACAGCGUUUCUUGGAUGGAAGACAGCGAGAACCACAAUCUGAAGAAGGAGACGGUGAAAAUGCAAUACGAGAAGGUGAAGGAGAGGACAUCCAACUUCAACACCUACAAUGCUGGGUCCCACGUGAUGGAGUACGGGAGCAAGGGCAUAAAGUCGGAGAAGCUGUACCUCUACCAAGGCUUUGAUCCCUCCAAUGCCAACGUCUCCGACAACGCCGUCCUUCGUCCUCAGCUCCCCAGCAACAUCCGAGGAGCCGUCAACCAGCGGGAUGCCGAUCUCCUCUUCCUUUGGCGCUGGUAUCAACAGCUGGAUGAGAAAUCGAAAGAUAAGGCAAAAGUUCUCAAAGAGAUUACGGACAAAAUGGUGCACAGAGCUCAUCUUGAUAGCAGCAUUGAUUUUAUUGCAAAGCUCAUUUUCGGAGCAGAAAGGGGUCCGUCUAUUAUUACUGCUGCAAGACCUCAUAGUCUUCCACUUGUUGAUGAUUGGAGUUGUUUGAAAUCAAUGGUUCGAGUGUUUGAAUCUCACUGUGGAUCACUCACUCAGUACGGUAUGAAACACAUGCGGGCAUUUGCAAACAUUUGCAACAAGGCCAUCUCUUUGAAGACAAUGGAAGAGGCGUGCAUUAGUGCCUGUGGGAGCUAUAACUCCGCGAAAUGGAGCCCCCUACUGCAUGGAUACAGCGCCUAAUUAUAGUACUAUUGCAGACUCCUAAGUGAUGGAAAGGUAGCUAUAUUUUAUGUUCUUAUUUAUGUAAAUGUGGUUGCCUGUUAUAACUAAAAUUAUCGUGAACAUAUUAUAUAAAGUAGUUGUUGGAGGAUCUCGUCCAACUAGUUCAGUGUGCA